UUUUAAUAAAAUUUAAAAUGGAUAGGCCCAAGUCCAAGCUCCAGUCGCCUAAGAAAAGACAAACCCCUAAGGAGGAAGCUAAGCAACAAAAACCUCCAGCGAAACCUCCUGCAAAACCUCCAGCGAAGCCAACUGAAGAAAAGAAAGAGAAGAUAGAUAUUGGGGGAGGAAAUAUAGCAGUCGUGUGUAGAUUCAGACCUCUCAAUUCGAAAGAGCUCUCAAGCAAAUCCAGCUCGGUCAUCUGCCCCAAUUUUAUAGAUGAUAAAACUGUUGAGAUCAACCAAGGCAAAGGAGGAGGCAGCAAAGGAAAUCUCGGGAAGAUUAGGUUUAAUAUGGACAGAGUCCUCGAUAUGACUACGACCCAGCAGCAGAUAUACGAAAUUGCAGCACUUCCAAUCGUUGAAAGUGUAAUGGAAGGAUUUAAUGGCACCAUCUUCGCAUAUGGUCAGACUUCCUCAGGAAAGACACAUACAAUGCAAGGAACUGACAUUAAUGAUGAAGAAAUGAUGGGUAUCAUUCCUAGAAUAGUCAGACACAUUUUCAAUCAGAUAGACGAAGCCAGCGAGGAUAUAGAAUUUACUGUGAAGGUAUCAAUGAUUGAAAUCUACAUGGAAAGAAUCCGAGAUUUACUGGAUCCAAAGAAAAUCAAUCUGCAAGUUCACGAAGAUAAGGUAAAAGGUGUUUUCAUUGGAGAUGUAACUGAGACUUAUGUUACAGAAUCAUAUGAAGUCAACCAAAUUAUGAAUAUUGGUAAUGAUAAUAGAUCUAUCGGAGUAACAGAUAUGAACAAGCAAAGUUCCAGAUCACAUUCAUGCUUCAUUAUGACUGUCACACAGAAUAACUCAGUCAAUUUUCAGUGAAAAAGUGGAAAACUAUACUUAGUUGAUCUGGCUGGUUCAGAAAAGAUAUCUAAAACUGGUGCAACAGGACAGACUCUUAAUGAAGCUAAGAAGAUCAAUAAAUCUCUGAGUUCCCUUGGGCAAGUAAUCAAUGCCUUGACUGAUGGAAAAUCUAAACAUGUGCCAUACAGAGAUUCUAAGUUGACAAGAAUUCUUCAAGAAUCUUUGGGAGGAAACUCAAGGACAUGCCUGAUUAUUGCAUGUUCUCCCAGUGUGUUUAACGAAGCUGAAACAGUAUCCACCCUCAGGUUUGGUCAGAGUGCUAAGAAGAUCAAGAACAAGCCAAAAAUUAAUAAGGAGUAUAGUGUUGCAGAGCUCAAGAAAUUAUUAGAUGAAGCUGAAGCUAAAAUCGAAUUAAAGAACAGAAGAAUCAAGAAUUUAGAGAAAAUUAUUAAAAAUCUUGGUGGAACAGUGCCACAGGAAAAAGAUGACUUCAUCCAAAGAAAGCCUACAGAAAAGGAAAAGCCUGUUGAAGUAGACGAAGAAGAGAAAGCUAAUGAAAAGAUAGAUGCUCUUGAAAACCAAUCUUCAGAUGAAGAUUUUUCAGAUGAUGAAAGCAAAGCCUUUGAUAGUAGGAUUGAAGAUAGUAGAAUCGAUGACAGCAUGCUAGACAGUAGCAAAAUUGGAGAUAGCAUGAUCGGAGAUAGCAUGAUCGGAGAUAGCAUGAUCGGAGACAGCAUGAUGGGAGAUAGUAUGAUGGGAGAUAGUAUGAUGGGAGAGAGCAUGAUUGGAGAUGAGUCAAUGACAAAUGUUGGGGAUAUUACUUUUGAAGCAUCAAGCAAAAAUUCUAAAACAAAACCAGCACAUAAGUCAAAGCAAAAGUCUCGCAUGGAAGAAAUUGACGAAACAUUUGCAAGACUUCAGAAGGAAGUAGAAGCAAAGAAGCAUGAUGCAGAAACAAUGACUGAGCAACCUACUUUAGUUAAUGUGAAGACCAAUACAAACUCUACUGCUGAUCAUUGAAAUGUUGGAACUUCAGUUGACAUUAAGUAUUCUUCUUUUGAAAUGAUGACAGAUGAUGCACUAAGACAACUAUCUGAACAUGGAGCCCAAACUCAAGCAGCACUUUCAGCUAAUUUAGAAAUACAAACUGAUCCAAUAGAACUCCCUCAACUCAUUGACCACAUUGAACACCCAGAACAUCCUGAGCACACCGAACUCAUAGAGCAACACCCAGAAGAACUCAAGCACGAACUUCUAGAUUGACCCACAGAACCCAGCGAUGAUGCCAAGCACAGCAAAGACGACUUGCUCACCAGAAUUGACACUCUCGACAAACGGCUCUGCGAACACGGAGUCCAGACCAAGACCAGUGUCGUCAGCCAAGCAGAGUUUCUCAAAGUCACAGACGAGCUUGCUCGCAAACACUCCGAGUAUACUUCACAAGCACAGAAGCUUGCUGGGUUGCUGAGCGAACUCUCCUCCAACAAGAAAGCUGUUGAAAUCAAAGACAAAACGAUUCAUGAGCAACUCGAAGAAAUCGAGCAGCUCAGCACUCAGAUCGAGCGGCUCGAGAACAGCCUCUCGGAUGUCAGCGAUGUCAGAGAGAGCCAGCAAGACUUGCUCCAGAUCCAGGAGAAGAAGCUGGCACACUUCGAGCAACAAAUCAAAGACCAGGAAGCCAAGAUUGCUCAGCUUGUUGCUAGCGAAGCAGAGUGUAAAGCCCGGCUUCAGGAGUCUGAUGACAAAGCCAGAGAUGGAGACUCCGAGCUGGCUGAGGCUAAGCGCAAGCAUGAAGAAAUGGCUGAGAAGUACCAGAUGGCAAAGACUGAGUACUCCAAAGUGUACAAGGAGAACGAGAAGCUUAUUGAGAAGGCAGCAACAGUCCACAUGGAGAAGGAUGAGUUGCAACAGAAAGUGCAGAAAUAUAAGAAGCAGCUCAUAUACUUGCAAGAGGAGCAAUCUAAAAAAAUCGAAAGCUUAAAGGACCAAAAGAUCAAUAAUGAAAUGGAGAUUAUAAAAUAUCAAUCUUUGCUUAAAGAAAAAGAAGAAUUUGUUAAUAAACUUCUUCAGAAAGAUUUUAAAGAUUCUAAGGAAAUAAAAAUGAUCGUAGAAGAGAAUUAUAAGAAGAUCACUGAUUACGAAAAAGCAAUUAUCCAGCAAGACCAUCAAAGAAUACUAGAUGAGCAAAAAGAAAAACUCGAAAAGGAAAUGGCUGGAAAGAAGGCACUAAUGGACCAAAUUGAGGAGAAAUAUAGCAGAGCAAAGCAUAAAAUCUUUGAGCUUAAGACUGAGAUGAUUAAAAUUCAAAAGAAAAAAUCAUCAACCGAACAGAAGAAGUUCAAGGAGGAGAAAUCUCUUAUCAUUAAAACACUAAAUGAGAAGAACAAAGUGAUCCAAAAAUUAGAAAAUGAAAUUAAGGAAUGGAAGGUUAAAUAUAAUGGGCUUGAGAACUUCCUUGGAGAAGACCAAAAGGACAACUACGCAAAGAUAAUGACCUUGACAAAGAACAUGUCACAGUUAAAGCAAAUGUAUAGCCAAAUGGUUAGUGCUGAGAAUUCUAAGCAAGAGAAGCAUGUACUUGAGAAGAAACUUCGAAGAAGGAAUGCUAAAAUCAAAAGUUACGAAAAAGAGCUUUCUACCACGAGGGAACAAGUAGUUGACUUGAAGAACAAGAUACACUUAUUAUUCAAAGAAAUGGCUGAGAAGAAGAAAGAUCCGAACUUUGCUCAUAUAAUCCCUGAUGACCUACCGAUGAACAUAAAUCCUGAUGUACUUGGCCCGAACAAAGGCAUCGUGAAGUCUAGAAAAGGAGGUAAAGGAAGUAAGGCAUCCAAUAGAGUCUCUUUCAACCAACUGAUGGCCAUGUCCUCUCUUAAGAACGAUAAUGAUGAGAUUAAGGAACAAGAUGAGGAAGAUGAGGGCAGUGAGGUGCUUUCAUAG